CGUUUGCGCUUGCACUGCUGAUUUUACGUUCGCCACAAAGUUUGUUUACAAUCGCUGGCGUGCCGCAUGAAAACAAUUUAAUAAACAAAGAAAUAAGUAAAGACAAACUAACAUCUUUGAAAUUCGCUCGAAAGAAUCUGCAUUGAUGUUAAAUGACUUGCACGCAUAGCAACAGCAAGGUAUUUUUUAAGAGCACGCGCGAAGCUCCCAUACUGCCGCCAAAAGGCGAAGCUUUAACGGCCCUUACAUGGAGGACUUCAACAGCAUUAAGCCGAACAGUUCGGUGGUAAAGAUAGCCGCUUGCUUGGAGAAAAUCUACAAUAAAAUCGUUGAGUCGAAGGAGAAGCAAUUGGCCGAGCACCAAAUCAAGGAAAUCGAGUUCCUGAAAACCCAAUGCAAGCACGAGCACAUGCAACUCAGCCUGAUGAGCUGUCAGACGCUGGUCCGCCUAGUCGACGAGGGUGUCCUAGAUGCCAACAGCGUACAGAACACGCUCCUAUCAAUGCUGCCCAAUGCGGGGCCGAUGCAUUUCGCAAUUAUUACGGAGAGCAUUCUGGGCCUGCAGCUGCUGGGUCUGAAACGAAAGACUUCGCUGCUUAAGGACAAGGAGGUGUAUCAGUGUCCCUAUGGCUUGAAGACGCAGCUGCAUCCGCUGAUAUCGCUGCUGCAGCACAGCAGCGCCAACAUGCAUGAUGUCAGCAACAAGAUUAUUGGCGUCUGCCAGCAUCACGACAAGCACAUUCGGGACUACAGCAUUGAGUAUCUGCGUCCCGUAUUUCUCUAUGUGCUGUGCAAUCCGCAGACGCUGCAGGAUGUGAAGCCAAUUUGGACGUGCCUGCUGAGCCUGAGCCACAGCCAGCCAGAGGCGAGAGCUCUUAUGCAGGAGCUGCUGUCGUGGAGCAAGUUCAACAAUGCGAGCACCUGUCGGUGCACCAGCAUUCUGGUUAUCGAGGCCAUCGAUUACUUCUUGCAGCAGGCGGACCAUGCCCAGUCCAUCGAUCUGUGCAUUUACCAGGCGCAGCUUAUCAAGCAGCUGGCCCACUUUGGCAUCGACCCGCGUCCCAGUCUGCAGUGCCUGUUGCGUGUGUUGCAUGCCACGCGGGAGCACACGCGACAUCACUACCAUGUGCUGCUAGUGCUGCUCGCCGAAUGCCUGCACGUGCUGUCGCCCUUCUACCUGGCUGAUCUGCUGCGCAUUAUUGUGUUUGUGGUGGUGCAGGAGCGCUGUGGCCAUGAAUACAUUCUGAACAUGUGUCUGGACGGCAUCAUUCAGUGGAUGUCUCAGACUGCAUUCAUACCCGCAGAGGGCCUGGCGCUAGCCAAUCAAAUUGUGCAGCGCGUACUGGAGCAGCAAAAGCCGCAAGUGGAUGGAAAAGUAGAGUUUGCGACGCGCAUCUGCACCAAGGAACUGCAGCCGGCGCAUAUGCGAAACUAUCAUCCGGACAUAGCUAUUGCCUUCGAUCUGGCCAAUCUGGUGGAGUCCUUUGAUGUUGCUGACAACAAGGACGUGUUUGCCUUCGUCGACGCUCUAAAUGUGAAGGCCAAUACGGCCUUUUGUCAGCGUCUGCAUUUGUUUCUGCGCGCGCUCUUCCUCUCCCGCGAACCGCCCGUCGACUGUUGGUUCAAAAUCUACGAGGUCAUACUGCAGAUCAUCAAGGUUAACGAGACCAUUGCCUACGAUUUCCUCAUGACGUACAUUUUCAAGCUCGCCCACGAACACAAUCCGGAGCUGCAGCUGGAACUGCUGCGCGGCCUGGCGAGCUUUGCCGUGUCCAAGGAUAAUGUGCCCAUGAUACUGAACACCAUACGGAAUCUUUCAACAGACAAUGCCACCUUCUGUGUGGAUUUGUAUUUGCGACUGUGGCGCGUAGAAACGCGCACCUAUCCCUUUUUGUUGAAGCAAAUUGCACAGCCGUUGCCGGACAACGAUAAACGCUGGGAGCUGGAAAUAGCACGUACUCAUGCCAUGCGCGAAAUCUGCCAGGAAAAACCCACGCUGCAUGGCUCGGAGCUGCUGCCACAUUUGAGCAACACUCUGAACAGCUGCACCGACGAAUCGGGUGAUUUAGCCACGUCGCUGGCGUUGGACGCCAUUUAUGCGCUAUGCGACAGCCACACCGUAAACAUUGCCUCAACAUGGCAGGCUCUGGGCAGCAAGUUUCGUAGUGAACAGCGUCCCCAGACGCUAAAAUCGCUCUAUCACCUGUUUGGUCUGGUGCCGCUGCUGCAAACACCGACGCUGGAGUAUGAGAAACUGGCGGAUGAUGCACUGGAGCAGCUGUGGCAGGCAGUUAGCCGCCCGAACACAGACGCUACACAGGUGCGAAAUGCACUUGUUGCGCUCAAGAGUUAUGAGCCAGGCAACACGCUGUGCCUGCGCCACAUACCGCCGCAAUUUCGAUUCGAAAUUACUGGAGUGGGCGCUGUGGGUGUGACUACUGGAGCACGUGAAGUGAUCAAUUUGCAGCAGCAGCAGGAGUCCAUUCCAGGCGAGGUAUGGGUGCAGCUAUUGCAAAAGAUACGACCCGAGUGCGGCGAUGCGGCUGCUGAUCUGGUGGCCCAUUAUAUUGGCAAUGAGAUCAGCGCCUUUCGCAGCGGCGUCUAUCGUCUGCCCGAGGGCAAACCGGAGCCACGCAAGCUGACAGGUCUCUUUGCCACCAGUCCGCUGCGUGCUGUCAGCAAUUAUCUGGUGAGUCAGUCUCGGUUCGGCGACUACGUGCCAGAACCCUAUGCCGUCACCUAUGCUCUGCGCGCACUCUCCAAGCGAUUCGCCAAGCCGAUACCACCGAUGGACUGGAGCUGCCUGACCAGCUUCUUUCACCUGUCGUUUGAUGCUCGCAAAUACUGCAUCAUGAUAGCCAAAAACCAGGCACUGCACAGCGGCACUGCUCGACGACUGCUAGAAAAUUUCCUAGCCGAUUUCGAGCCCAAUUGCUUUGAGGAGGAUCUGCUGCUAUUGUUCUCCCUGCUGCCUGAAAUUGGCAACAGCGUGAGUUUGCAAAUACUAAAAAACUUUGCCGAGAAAGUAGCUGUCUACUGCUUCAAGGAAUCGCAGCUAAACGACUUUGCAGAGGGUUGCCUGUUUGAGAAGUUUCUGGACAGCGUAAGGUACAUAUACACCGACAAAUGUGAGAUACCCGAGGUGCUGGACGUAUUCACGCUUAUAGUGGAGCGUUAUAUGGACUCGAUGAAUUUGGAUUCAAGAUUGUUUGAGCGUUACACCGAAGUGGUCUCUGUGCUGCAUCCCAAUGCCAUCGAUGGGUUAACCACGCCAGCGAAUUGGUGGGAAACACCGGCGGGUAAACUAAAGAAGGCAACCAUAAUCCGCUGCUAUCUGGUGCUAUAUAAUGAAAAACUGCCGAAUCCUUUAAAAUGGCUAACGCCCAUUAUCGAUGCCUACGAACGCCGGGCGGAGGAACGCCCCUUCUUCUAUCGCCAUCUGGCGACCACACUGUAUGCCUUUGGCAGCGAUGAGCAUGCGUGUAACUGGACAAUGGAAAUCUUUUUGGAGAUCCAAAUGCUGCUCGCCGAGGCUUCCAACAAAGAGAAAUUAAACAGAGCGCUAUAUUUGCUGGAUAUUUUUAUACUGGCAGUGGAUGUGUUGUCCGGCUGUGCCGUACUGCUGGGCAGUGUGGAUGUCGUGGCCACAGAUGGCAAGGAACGAUUCGCAUUAUUCCCGGAGAGCUUGCAGUUUCUAUGUGAUCACAUAUUUUGGAAGGAUCAGGAGGCAAAGAUUUAUGAAUUUCUUUAUAAUCUUUAUAAGCAUGCGUCAAUACCGCUAGCAUAUGCUGCCAUUUUUAAAGAAGCGAUUAUUUGUUCGCGCAACAAGCCCUACUUUGAUAACAAAGGUGUUUGGACCAAAUACGUGGGUUUGCGUAAAUGAGUUAUUAGUUCAUACACUCGAAAUGAAACCAACACAACAGAAAGUGCACUUAUUGUUAUAUAGUUGAAAUAACGUGAAUCCAUUUUUAUAGCUUGUGCGAUAUUUGUUGACUUUAUUAAAUGAACCUCAGCACCAUUCAAAUUGAAA